UACUCCGCUCGGACCAAUCAGGAACGGGGAAAGGAUUUCGCGGGAGAUUCUUCUCUCGGCGCUUUGGAUUUCGCGGGAGGUUUGUUCCUUUGGGCUACGGGCUGCGUGAGGGGAAGGAGUAUUCGGAGCUGAGCUCUCGCUUGCGGCCUGGAGAGAGGGAAGGAUCGCGCGCGGUUUUGUAGCUGUUGUGAUAGCGGAGAUCUCUGUGAUUCCAAGCCAUGUUGUUUCGCUCUGUGGUGAACAAACCUCUCUUGGGCUACGGGCAGAAGGGUGCCCCUUUUACCUAUCCCCUUCAGUCUCUGCUACAGUGUUAUCAGUGUGUUAAACAAGAUGAACAUAUUUCAUAUGGGGAGCUGGGAAUGCCUGUGCCACCUUUUGGAUGUGCCUUUAGUACAGUCCCGGACAUAUCUCAUGUCCUUGCAGUUGCCAAUGAAGAAGGCAUAGUCAGACUGUAUGAUACAGAGUGCCGUGAUAUGCAAAGGCUUCUUAUGAAAGAAUUCAUGGCACACACCAAUGCUGUUUUUGACAUUGCCUGGGUACCUGGGGAACACAAGCUAGUUACAGCUUCAGGGGACCAGACUGCAAAGCUGUGGGAUGUGAUGGCUGGGGAGCUUAUUGGAGAGUGCAGAGGACACCAGUGCAGCCUGAAGUCUGUUUCCUUCUCAAAAUUUGAGAGAGCUGUGUUCAGUACUGGAGGGAGAGAUGGAAACAUCAUGAUGUGGGACACUAGAUGCAGUAAAAAAGACGGUUUUUACAGGCAAGUAAACCAGAUUACUGGUGCCCAUAAUGCCAUUGACAAGCAGACCCCAUCCAAAAUGAAGAAAAGGAAGCCUUCCAUAAGAGGUCUUGCUCCUUCAGUGGAUUCCCAGCAGAGUGUGACUGUGGUAAUCUUUCAAGAUGAAUACACUAUUAUCUCUGCAGGAGCAGUAGAUGGUGUUGUCAAGAUUUGGGACUUGAGGAAGAACUAUAGUGCUUAUCGGCAGGAUCCUGUACCAGUGAAACACUUUCCUUAUCCUGGAAAUAGCACACGCAAACUUGGGUAUUCCAGUCUUGUACUUGACCCAACUGGCACUAACCUAUUUGCAAGUUGUACAGAUGAUAAUGUGUAUAUGUUUAAUGCAACUGGUUUAAAGACUGAUCCAGUUUCCAUCUUCCGUGGUCACCAGAAUUCUACUUUCUACAUUAAGGCAAGUGUCAGUCCAGAUGGUCAGUUUCUUCUCAGCGGCUCCAGCGAUCACAGUGCCUACAUCUGGCAGGUGUCUGAUCCUAUGGCUGCUCCGGUCACCCUAAUGGGACAUUGUCAAGAAGUCACCUCUGUAGCAUGGUGCCAGUCAGACUUUACAAAGAUUGCCACAUGUUCUGAUGACAACACAGUGAGAGUAUGGAGACUAAAGAGAAGUUGUGAGGACUCUUCUGAAUCGGAUAAGAGAGAUUCUGUUGGCUGGGCCUGCAAGAAGAAAUUUGAGCCUUCUUCUAUGGCUGCAAACCUCUGUACACCUGGAAAACCUUCAGUCAUGUCAAGCAGUUCACUUACAUCUUCCCCAACUCCAGCCUCGUGUGCCCCGAGCAACACUGGAGACCUGCCCAUGCCCUCUAGUACUCCUAUAUCUGCUUUGUUGCCAGAUCCUAAACUGCAGACUCCCAAAAGGAUUAAUAAUGGAGGUUUAGGGGUGUCUCCAAAACAGAUGUCCUCUUCAAAAAUGUCAAUCAAGGACUGGGUCACCCGCACUCCAAAGUCAUCCACAAGGACCGAUACAAAGACACCCUCUCCCCGCAAAGCCUUCACCCCUGUGGAGCAGUAUCCAAGUGUAUCAAGUGCAAGAGUGCAACUGCCAUAUGAAAAGAGGGCCAAAAGGCGCCUGGAAACCAGCAGUGAAUAUGCUGAACACGUCUGUCCCGACAAUUGCAACUGUGUGAGGGAGUUAGAGCCUGGACUGAAGAAAGCAAAACUGGAUGUGUGUUUCAUUGAUAAAGAGAGAGACAGUAGCGAUGACAAAUGCCUGAGGCUGUCAGACUUGAGUAAGGGAUUUGACCAAGAAUUGUCUCCCAGUCCAUCAACAUCCCUCCAUAUGAAUGCUACAGAAAAUCUUCUUCAGUUAGGUCCUCUUUCUGAGCUGAAAAGUGUCUUAUUAGAUAAAGAAAACAGUUCUCCUGAGAAAAACUGGCUCUCUGCCUUAGGACACAAAUUUAAAUCUUCCCCUCAGAAUAAAGCGAGUGGCAGCCCUUCAUCUAGAACCAGCACCACUAAGAAACAACAGCCGAGGAAUGCUCCCAAUUCACCAGUGUCUGUGCCAACUCCUCCCGGCUCAAUGAGAAAAAUCUGCACCUACUUUUUCAAGAAGUCUGAGUAAAGCUGGCCAUAGAUGGAAAGAUUUUUACAAGAUCCAAUCAUUAUCGUGAGACGAAGAAUAUUUCGAAACGAUCGUUUAAAUGUACGAUGUGUCCAUCAACUAAAAAGACAAUUUCAGGCGAUAUUGCCAGGAAAACUGAAGGGGAGCUGCCUGCUUGGCCCUGCAGACAUAGAUUGCACUGGGACCGAUAAAGAUAUUUUUAACCUCGCCGAUCAAUUUUCUGACAGAUGUCAGCCGAAAAAUCGUAACAUGUACGAUCGUUUGAAUAAUUUCGAAGGAUUGGUCGGACUUCGCUGAAAUCGGUCGUUUGGCAAGAAAAAUCUUUGUGUCUAUGGGGACCUUAAGGGAGACAUUGUGUACGUUCCACUUCAUUCCAAAGAGGGAUGUUAAUGUUACUUCUUCAUUAUGUGCUCCAGUGAGCAGGUUUUGUAUUUUUCUUUUUAACACCGCACUUUUUUCAUGGGACACUACAUUUACUUUUUGUCUUCACUAAUCCUACAAGGCCUUUUACAUCUUUUCCAUAUAUGAUGCAGAUAUGUGCCCAGUGUGGACUUAAUGUUUCAGUGUUUUAUUAUUUUGGGAGGGGGACAGUUGGCAAAAAAUGUCUGUAAAUAGUUUUGGUAUUUUAAUACUUUAUGUAUAGUUGAUUCAUAUUUUAAAAAAGUUUUACAUUUUAAAUACAGAUUAUAAUGACAGAUUA